CGAUAACUUAAAAGAUGAUCCGAACCUUCUGUUUCAGUUUUGUAAUUAGGUUAUCUUAUAAAGCUAAUCCUUCUCUCCUUUACUGUGACAAUAAUCGUCGUUAUCAAGGUGAUUUCUUUCUCUGCCUCAAACAUCGCUUACCCUCUUGAUUGAUUCCUCCAAUCUUCUUCGUGUGGUUUCACAGGUUUUACUUAUGGUUAAUGCAAUCAAAGGAGUGUUCGUCUCUUGGUACUUCUUACCGUUGUUACGAUUCCUAAGCAAAUCUUGAUGAACACAAUUGAAUCAUUCAUUGUUUCUUUGUAUCUUUUGUUUGUUUGCAGCGAUAUUCCGAUGACACAAUUCAUAGUGAACAUGAACAAUUCGAUGCCUCCGUCUCAGAAAUUCAUAAUUCAUGUACUUGAUAGUACUCACUUGUUCGUGCAACCACAUGUAGAGCAGAUGAUCCGCAGCGCCAUUUCUGAUUUUAGAGAUCAAAACUCUUACGAGAAGCCCACUUCUUAGAUCACAUCACAUCACACUUGCUUCUUGUUUUUCUUUCAUUUGAUUCAAAUGAAUAAAAACUUCAUUGAGAUCGUGAGAUUGGUUGAUAUGGCUCAUGCUUUAAUAGAGUUAAAGUGAACUUUGUUGACAAAUAAUCUCUCUGUACCGGUUUAGUAUCAGUCGGUUUUCUCUGGUUGUGUUGAUUACUUUGUCACUCUUUUGUUGAAUAAACACGUUUGUUUGGUUAUUGUUCAAUUACUUGUAGUAGAUAAUAAACAGAUUA